CAGUAGGAAGCAAAAAGCAGCAGAGCGUAUUGCAAAGAUCACCAGCAAGUGAUUACUCCUCACUGCGGAACUUCACACCCAACAACUGAUUUCACAACAGCCUGCAAGCAGCUGGGCGGGAGCCAAGGAGAAGACUUGAUGGCGGGGCCUGGAACUUCUCGGAGGUCUGCUCAACGCAGCCGGCGGAUGUGGCUUCGCUUACAGUUCCGCGGCUGCAGAGGGAUGUGCUGAGGGCAGGCGAUGACUCGUUAUUGCUGCCUCCUGCUGGCUGUGGCUGGGCUGCUGCUGGUGACAACAGCUCUUGCCCUGGAAUGCUCCAAAAGCAAAGUGAACACCUGUCAGGACUGCAUCCGGUCUGGCCCCGGCUGCGCUUGGUGCAAGAAACUGAAUUUCACCAAAGCGGGCGAGCCAGACUCCAUUCGUUGUGACACCAAAGAGCAGCUGCAGCAGAGGGGAUGUGACGCAAAAGACAUCGUGUUCCCAGAAAGCGCCUUCAUCCAAUUAAAGAACGCCCUCCUCGACGACAAGACCCAGCUGGCGCCCCAGCAAGUGCGCUUGAUGUUAAGACUAGGUCAGCCGGCUGUGUUCAAUGUGACCUUCCGCCGUGCCGAGGGCUACCCUAUCGACCUCUACUAUCUGAUGGAUCUCUCCUACUCCAUGCAUGAUGACCUGGAGAAAGUGAAGAAGCUGGGAGGAGACCUGCUCGCAGCUCUGAACUCCAUCACCGGCUCCGGCCAGAUCGGCUUCGGCUCCUUUGUGGACAAGACGGUGCUGCCUUUCGUGAACACACACCCCGAGAAGCUGAAGAACCCCUGCACAAAUAAGGAGACCACCUGCCAGCCGCCAUUCGCUUUCAAGCAUGUCCUCUCCCUCACUGAAAAUGCCAGAAUGUUUGAGAGGGAGGUCCAGAAGCAGUCCAUCUCGGGGAACCUCGAUGCGCCCGAGGGCGGGCUGGACGCCAUGAUGCAGGUGGCGGUCUGCGGGGAGACGAUUGGCUGGCGCAAUGUAACUCGUCUGCUGGUGUACGCCACGGAUGACGGCUUCCAUUUUGCUGGGGAUGGUAAACUCGGAGCCAUUCUAACCCCUAAUGAUGGUCGAUGUCACCUGGAAGAUAAUCUAUACAAAAAGAGCAAUGAGUUUGACUACCCGUCCGUCGGCCAGCUGGUACAAAAACUCGCUGAAAAUAACAUUCAGCCCAUUUUUGCUGUCACUAGCAGAAUGGUUGGAAUAUACCAAAAGCUCAGAGAUAUGAUCCCCAAAUCAGCAGUGGGGGUGCUGCACGACGAUUCCAGCAACGUCAUCCAACUCAUCAAGGAAGCCUACAAUAACUUAUCCUCCAGAGUCAUCCUGGACCAUGGUACCAUGCUGGACUCAUUGAAAAUCACAUACGAUUCUUUCUGCCAUGGCAAAAAAGCCACCAUAGAUGGCGUGAGAGGGGAAUGUGGUGAUGUCAAGAUCCAUGACAAGAUUACUUUCCAGGUGAAAGUUACAGCGAAGGAGUGCAUCCCAAACCAGUCCUUCACCAUCCGGCCCCUGGGCUUCACAGACACGCUCACUGUGGAACUGGUCAGCCGGUGCGACUGUGACUGUGAUGAACGACAGAGCCCCACUGCCUGCAACGGGAACGGCAAAAUCGUGUGUGGCACGUGCAGCUGCAAUCCAGGCCACACGGGGAAGAACUGCGAGUGCGAAACAAAAGGCAAAACCAGCAAGGAGCUGGAAGGGAGCUGUCGGAAGGACAAUGCCUCGGUCAUCUGCUCGGGUCUGGGGGACUGCGUGUGUGGGCAGUGCACCUGCCACACCAGCGACGUGCCCAACAAGGAGAUCUACGGGACCUUCUGCGAAUGUGACAACAUGAAUUGUGAGGUCCAUAACGGACAGUUGUGUGGCGGUGAAGAGAGAGGGCGUUGUGACUGUGGGGAGUGCAAAUGCUCUGAUAAAUUCGAAGGCAGCGCUUGCCAGUGCAAGAAGUCUACAGACGGCUGUGUGAACCCGCGGGGAAAGGUGUGCAGCGACCGUGGGCACUGCCGGUGCAAUACAUGCCAGUGUAAGGCAGGCUACCAACCCCCAUUCUGUGAGGAAUGCCCUGGCUGUCCUUCACCCUGCGCCCGAUACAUCUCCUGUGUGGAGUGCCAGGCAUUUAAGAGCGGCCCGUUUCAGAAGAACUGCACAGAUGCGUGUUUGAACAUCCUCAAACUCGAUUCGUUGGCAAGCGGCCGGCAGUGCCGGGAGAAGGACUCAGAGAAUUGCUGGAUUUCCUACCUCAUGAAACAGGAGGAUGGGGAGGACAAGUACUCCUUUCAAGUCAUUGACAAGAAAGAUUGUCCGCAGCCCCCGAACAUUGCUGCAAUCGUGGGCGGCACCAUUGCGGGUGUGGCCCUGAUUGGGCUGCUGCUCCUGGUGAUGUGGCGGCUGGUGAUGGAGGUGUUCGACCGCAGGGAGUACAGCAGGUUCGAGAAGGAGAAGUUGAAGGCCAAGUGGAAUGAGGGUGAUAAUCCCCUUUUCCAGAGUGCUACCACCACUGUCAUGAACCCCAGAUUCAAUGGAGAAUGACGUGGCACUACCCUGCACAGCCUGUGAAGGCUCAACUGUUAAACCAGGAAAUACCAACCUAAGGGCACCAGCAUUUUACUCUCUAAGCAAAGAUCUGCUGUACACUGUUCCCUUCUUCCAUGACGCUGCCAGUGAAGGGCAGGCUUUGUCCAGCAGGCUGUGUUGUGCACCUCCAGCAACCUCCUCCCUCUGCGUGGCUCCUGCAAGCUGUGUUGAUAGGGCUGUGAGAAGGCAGCAGCAUAAGCUUUGACGAGUGGGAUUAUUUUCAGUUUGCAUUAGCGUGGGCUCCUGGAGAACGAUCCCACCAUCUCUCAACUCAUGCUGCAAAUACCUGCAAGCACUGGCUGCUGCUAGAGCUUGAAUCAAGCCUGCAUUGUUACUAGUUUUCAACCUGCAACCAAUAUUGAUCUUUGCUUGGCAUUUUA